GUAAGCUUACCAAUCGCGCACUAUUCAUUGAUUUUCCCUAUGAAUGAACGGAGUUUUUAUUAUUGAAAUCCGUGAUUUCUGUAUAUACAGGUCGUAAAUUUCGCAACAACUAACACAAAAUAGACCAAAACGUUUAUACGUGUUACAGUCCUUCUUUAAAUCAGUUCAGAUAUGUUCUUUUUGUUAUAAUAUUUAAAAUAAAUUUAAAAAUAAUAUAAUAAUAAAAUAUUUACUCUAUAAAUGCUAGGAUCAUAAUUGGCAAUAAUAACGGCUAUAAAUUUGUGUGAAAUGUUGUAGUGAAGAUGCUAUAAAUAUUAGAAAGCGUUAAAUGUGAUUUAUAAGAGUUUGUAGUAGCAACUUUAAUUUUACUAUGAAUAUAAUGAAUCAUAAUCGGAUUGUCUUUGUGUUAUCAAUUCAGAUAGAAUUCAAACAUUAAUUGAAUCUAAUCCACAUUAAUUGGAUUUAAUUUAAUUAAUGGAAUCUAUAAUGUCGGGAAAUCGGAUUAUUGAUAAACAGAUCCAUCCAAUUAUUUUAAUGGAAGUUUCGUUGCUCAAAAUCAAGCGACAGAGACAUAUUGAUGAUAGAUAUUAAGUUCUCAGUAUUAAUGUAUGUUAAUAAGAAAAUAAAAGUGCUUCUUGAAAACUUUAUUGAAAUUAUUGAAUCGUCGAUGAACGGUAGUUCACCGAGAGAGAGAGAGAGAAGCAACUCGCGGUGACAUGAGGGAGAAAAAAAGCGGGAAAAGGAAAGGAUAAUCGAAAGUAGCCGAAGCGUGACUUGAGGAAGAAAAACAUAACGAUUUGUUUCGGGGAUUCUGCCGCAGGUUUUUAACGGCUCGUGGUCGUGUCGCAGUAGCGACAAUUGAUUCGCGAUGGGAUAAGCGUGGUGCAAGAAGUAGCCAGAUGUAAUUGUUGGUUCCUUCCAGAGAGACUAGAAAGCUGCGGCGAAGCGAAACGUAUAAAAGAGCGGUGACAGAGCCUUUCUCUUUAGUUUAACGAACCGAAUUACUAAGUUUGCUAUCAGUUCAUCAUGAAGAUGACGAACAAUUUGAGCAUCACGCUGUUUCUGCUGUGCGCAAUUUGCGCCGUACUAGGCGGACGUCGUUACAUCGCGAUUCCCGUUGACGGUAUCGACGGCAUUGACAUAAUCGAGGUGAAUCCAAUCACACCGUCGUUGCCGAGAGUGCCCCGACAAACGGAGGCAUACGUGCACGUACCCAACAGCGUUAUUCACCAGGAUGAUCCCGAGAUACAGCGUUCCGAGCGAUCGGCCGUACGUGUGCUGGAUUACGUUGACUACGGGGGACACACCGGUUCCAACGGAGCCUUUAGUUGGUAUGCUGACUAUCCGGCUCAUCGUUUGUAAUUUUCCAACUUUAUUAAAUAGAACGGAGCGCCCUGGGAAUAUUUAUUGUUAAUGAUGUAGUAAUUAAAAAAAUAAUGUAUAAUGCAUAUGCAACGCAAAGAGAAAGAGACUUAUGCAUGAAAUUAAGAAUUGGAACUUGAAAAAUUCUUUCGAAGAGGACACGAGAGGAUAUUUUCGAUAUUAAACAGAAUUCGAGAAUUAAA